GGGUGAUAGUGCACUAGCGGCGAUGAGCAAUCCAUCAGCUGACUGCGGUAAGCUGUUCACACUCACACGAGUAGAGUCUAUAUUGGUCGCUUCCAAUUCUUCCAACAAGAAAGGAAAAUACGUUAGAUUGAGAUUUUGUCGUUCUUCCUGGCGUCCUAGCAGGAUGUGAUCUGUCAUUUACAGGCCAGUUGAAAAAUAGGACAAUUCUAUGGCAUCAUCAUAGUGAUUUCAGACGCACAAUUUCCACAUGUUUCUACUGCUGGGUAACCUCCUCGUAACUUCGAUGGCACUUAUGGCAGGCGCCUCAAUUGGGUCACAUACGAGCCGAAAAGAUCUUAAAGUUAUUUUUGAGACUGGAUUCCUCGACCAACAAUGCAGGGCCACACAUUGGCUGGGGAAGCUGAAUAUGACACAAUGCAGUUACUGCGACUCCAGUAUUGUUCUACAGGAUUGUACUUUCCCAAACGAAACUACGAAACUUACCACGAAUCAGUAUGAAAUAGUAUGCACCAUCAAUGGCGACUCGGCACACGUAGACGAUAUGAAGCUCUACUGCUCUGAGCUGCGCAAUGGGACAAACUGUAAAGCUACGUGCAACCUAACCCAUCGUUCCGCGAAUAUGAACAGGACUACACCUACUUUGUUAUCGUCACUGGGUAAUUCCGUACCGGGCGUUGCUGGUGGUAUAAUGGCACUUACGUUACUGGGGUGCAUUAUCUACAUAACAUGGCGGAUACGUCGGAAGAACCAGGAGCUGGCUGCUAGAUUUGCAGUGUUACAACAAAUAUAACGUUAUUCGAUGCGCUAAAAAAAUUCGUCGUCUAACCUGCGGCUCCAUCGCGUCACUCCAAUCGGCGUUUCAAAUAAAUACCAGCAGCAAGACAAUGCCAGUAAAAAUACUCACAUCCAGAAAGAGCUUAUGGUUAUGGCUAUUGGUCAAACAAAUAAAAUUGUCUUUUUAA